AUGUUGGUGGUCACUAACUGCCAAGAGAAAAUCCAGCAUUGGAAGAAGGUAGAUAGUGACUAUAAUGCCCUUCAAGAAAGACUCAGUACUUUGCCUGAUAAAUUGUCUUAUAAUAUCAUGGUACCACUUGGCCCCUUUGCCUUCAUGCCAGGAAAACUUGUCCAUACCAAUGAAGUCACUGUUUUACUUGGGGACAAUUGGUUUGCAAAGUGUUCAGCAAAGCAGGCUGUGGGCUUAGUUGAGCACCGGAAGGAACAUGUAAGAAAAACAAUAGAUGAUUUAAAAAGAGUGAUGAAAAAUUUUGAAUCCAGAGUGGAAUUCACUGAAGAUUUGCAGAAGAUGAGUGAUGCUGCAGGUGAUAUUGUUGAUAUAAGAGAAGAAAUAAAAAGUGACUUUGAAUUUAAAGCAAAGCAGCGGAUUGCUCAUAAACCUCACUCCAAACCAAAAACUUCAGAUAUUUUUGAAGCAGAUUUUGCAAAUGAUAUAAAAUCCAAGGAUUUGCUUGCUGAUAAGGAACUGUGGGAUCGACUUGAAGAACUGGAGCGACAAGAAGAAUUGCUGGGCGAACUUGACAGUAAACCUGAUACUGUGAUUACAAGUGGAGAAGAUACAACAUCUUCUGAAGAGGAAAAGGAGGAUCAGAACAUAAAUGUGAAUGUGAUGCAGCCAGUAACAGACUCUCUUACUCCCAGCAGUGGUGAGAAUGUCGCAAGGUCCGAGCUCUUCAAUGGUCGAGUGAACUGUCAUUUGAACUAUUCAGUGAAUGGGUCACAUUCUUACCACAGUAAUGAAGAAGAAAAGGAAGAAGAAGAUGACGACACUGAUGACCAUGAAAAUGGCUGUAAUGAUUUAGGGUUUGGAGAUGACACUAUACCAACUAUAUAUUUUUCUCACACUAUUGAACCUAAGAGGGUCCGAAUAAAUACUGGAAAAAACACCACUUUAAAAUUCAGUGAAAAGAAAGAAGAAGCCAAACGUAAACGAAAGAGCAGCUCUAGCGGUAGCCAGGCUGCCCAGGAGCUGCCUCCCAUCAGGACGCCCGCUGACAUUUAUCGAGUCUUUGUUGAUGUGGUGAAUGGAGAGUAUGUCCCCCGUAAGUCCAUCCUGAAGUCACGCAGCAGGGAGAACAGUGUGUGCAGUGACACCAGCGAGAGCAGCACUGCCGACUUUGACGACAGGCGGGGGCUUGUGCGCAGUGUCAGCUGUGACGAGGCUGCGUGCAGUGACGCCAGUGAGAGCAUUUUGGAAGAGGAGCAACAGAAUCAUCAAAAGAAACUUUUGUCCUUAUCUGGAGCACCUGAGGCUUUUUCUGGAACUGUAAUAGAAAAAGAAUUUUUAUCACCCUCCUUAACACCACACCCAGCCAUGGCUCAUCCUGCACUGCCCACCAUUCCAGAACGAAAAGAAGUUCUGUCGGAAGUGUCAGAAGAAACUACAAAGAGGGUUUCAAAGUUCAAAGCUUCCAGAUUGCAGCAAAAAAACUAGGCACUGCCUAGGAAAUGGGAAUUUGCAUUCUCAAGCCGAGUGUUCCAUUUGUUUAGGGUAUAUCCAUAGCGAAAUAUGUUGUAUGUAGCUUGAAAAGAGGCAACCUGAGUUAUCUGGCAACACGGUCUGUUACCCUGACCAGUGAGUGGUAUUUGAAAGAAAUCAAAGUGAAUGCUUGAAUAUUGUAGGGUACUGUUUGGUUGUGUUAAUUCUCUGAACACUGUCAAAAUUUUCGUCUGCGUGUGCCCUAUGAUGCAGUGGCAGCACUUCGAAUUAUUUUUUAAAGAUUACCGUUCAUAGGCAUUGUUUUCAUUUGUGGAACGAAAUACAGGCAGUUUUAUGCCAGCUGUGAUGUUGUGUAUACCAUAUGGGCCAUUUUAAAGAAACUUAAAAUUUCAAGUAGAUUCAACGACUAUAUUACUUGCUUUAGCAUUGAAAAGGCACUUUAAAAAAAAUCUGCUUCUUGUAGGUUUUGCAACUAGGUGGCUAUUUAAGAACUCUUCCCGCUGUCAUUCUGUAAUCGCUGAGGCCUAAAACUAGUGUGCCCUAUGGGAAAGUUUCUUUGAUUGGAAGAAUGGUAUUUUGUAAAACUUUUUUUUUUCCAAGUAAAAAUUUUAUGAAACUUGGUCUCUAAGAUGUGAACUUCAUGACUGGAUUUAGACGUGUCUCUGAUUCCUAUUGUAUACCCAUGCACAUAAUGCGUCCGUAAUUGGUCUGAUUCCUUGGGUGCUCCUUAUCUGGUGUGAGCAGUUUUAACUGGUGUUACACUUUGGGAACAAAGGAAAGGUUGUCUAGAUACUAAAUGUAAUAGAUUUUUUUCAAUAAGAAUUUCAUAUUUGACCCUUUCCAACAUCUUACUCUCUAAGGCUACCUUUCCUACUAGUAAAUAAAUAAGUUACUUUUAGCAAAAUUUCUUAAAGAGAAAUGAAUUUUAACAAUGAAAAUUAUACUGCAAGUGUUCGUCAUUACCUUGAUGCAUGCUAAAAUGUAGCUUUUAAAAAAACAUUCUGCAUUAGUCCUAAAAUAAGCCUUCAAUGCCAGUCCACCCUCUAUUCAUGGCUAAAUAUUUAAAGGUUAUUUAUAGCUUCUUUAAUGAAUUCUUGCUUAAACAAAAUGAAAUUAUGUCCUAGAAAAGUAGAAGCUUUUUGUAAGUAGAACAGUGCAACUGUAAAACUUUUAUGAAUAUGUAUUUUAAUAUUGGGGGUGAGGGCUGAGCCUAACUUCUUCCAGUUAGGGUAAUUCAGAACAUAGGACUGAUUUUAUGGGGGGUGAGGACUGAGCCUAACUUCUUCCAGUUAGGAUAAUUCAGAACAUAGGACUUAUUUUGAAGAUCUCCUCCAAAUGUAGAUUUUUUCUUACUAAGUUUGAUCACAUGCAUAUAUUUGUCAUUAAAAACUGAUUUUUUUUCAGCCCCAUCCCCUGCAGAAAAACUAAACCAAGUCAAAUAAAAAAUAUGAUAUACCAGUUGCUAUUCAAGUGAGCUUUUCUGAGCUCUGCUAAAACACAACACAAACACAACACACACAAACACAACAGUAAUUUUAGAUCUACAGGAAAAUUGCAAAAAUGUUAGAGUUCCCAUAUACCCCACCAUCCAUCUCCCCUUAUUAUUACAACCUCUUGUAUAUUCAUAGCACAAUUUUUGAGUGAGGUUUAAAUGGUACGACACAAUUAACUAAACUGCAGCUCUUAUUUGAACUUCACCAACUGUUCCCCUAUGUUCCUUUCAGAAUCCUGUCUAGGACCCCACCUUGCAUUAAUCAUUGCUUCUUUGUCUCCCUCAGCCUUUGACAGUCCUUGCUAUUUCCUUGCCUUUUGUGGGUGGUAAUUUUGAAGAUUACUGCACAGGAGUUUUGUAGGAUGUUCCUCAGUCAGAGUUUGAUGGUCACAUGACUAGAAUGAGGUUUUUGCAUUUUGGAUAGGAAUAUCACAGACAUGUAU